AAAACAGAACACAAAAAAAAAAGUCUUCAACGACCGGAGAACAAAACAGAUCGAUCAUUCUCUGAUUUUUCAGACACAGAUUGUACUUUUCAUUUAGCUUGAGAGAUUACACGGAGAAGAAGAAGAAGAUGGAUGACGUUAAAGAUAAGCUAAAAGGGUUCAUGAAAAAAGUCAGUUUAUCUUCUUCCUCUGGCAAAUUCAAAGGCCCAGGUAGAGUUCUCGGAUCUUCUUCUUCUUCUUCCUCUGCACCACCACCCGUUAACCCGAUUCAUAACCGGUUUAACUCUUCCCAAGCUCCUCCUACCAAUCCCACUCCUAGACCCAAACCAAAUCCAACUCCGACGCAGUUGCCUGACAAACCCAUAUCCUCCGAUCAGAAGAUUAUUAGUGGGUCUACGAGAAACCCGGAUCCUGACCCGGUUCGUGCUCCUCCACAAGACGGGUUCGACCCGUACGGUGCGUUUAUAACGUCUUCCAACAGAUCUCAGAACGGAUACUCUCUGAAUAUGUUCGAGUGUCCGAUCUGUAAAAAUGCAUUUACCUCAGAGGAAGAAGUCUCUGUUCAUGUUGAGAGCUGUCUUGGUAAUGGGAACACUAAUGGAGAAGAAUCUUCACUUGAGAAGGAUGAUAAUAAUGAUAAUGAUAUAUCUGAAAUCGAGAAACUUGUGGUUGUGUAUCUCUCUGGGAAGCCAAGUGAGAGCUCGGUUGAUGUUUUGCUUAGGUUGUUUAAGAACAUAGUUAAAGAACCUGAGAAUGCUAAGUUUAGAAAGAUUAGAAUGAGUAACGCUAAGAUCAAAGAAGCUAUUGGUGAUGUUGCUGGAGGUGUUGAGCUUCUUGAGUUGGUUGGAUUUGAGUUGAAAGAGGAAAAUAAUGAGAUUUGGGCUGUUAUGGAUGUUCCUGGAGAAGAACAAUCGAAACUGAUCAGUAAAGUUGUUGGAUUUCUAGAUAACAGAAAGAUUGAGGUGCCUAGGAAAGAUGAUGAGAAGUCAGUAUCUUCACCUCAGGUUGUGGAACCAGUGGCUCCAAAGAAGAUUGAUAGAGAGAUUCGUGUCUUUUUCUCGGUUUCUGAAAACGUAGCAUCGAGAAUAGCGGUACCUGAUUCGUUCUAUAGUCUAUCAGCUGAUGAAAUCAAGAGAGAAGCGGACUUACGGAGGAAAAAGAUUGCGGAGUCUCAGCUUUUGAUUCCGAGAUCUUAUAAGGAGAAACAAGCGAAAGCGGCUAGAAGAAGGUACAAAAGAAGUAUGAUAAGAGUGCAGUUUCCUGAUGGAGUUGUGCUUCAAGGUGUGUUUGCUCCAUGGGAACCAACCAUUGCUCUCUAUGAGUUUGUGAGCUCUGCUUUGAAAGAACCGAGUUUGCAGUUCGAGCUGCUGGAUCCAGUGCUGGUUAAAAGGCGUGUGAUUCCGCAUACUCCACCCCCGGGACAGAAACCGAUAACCUUAGAGGAUGAAGAACUUGUUCCGUCAGCACUCAUCAAGUUCAGACCAAUUGAAACUGACUCUCUGGUGUACACAGGUCUCUGCAAUGAACUCCUCGAGAUCAGCGAACCACUCUCGUGAUUGUUUGUGUUCCACAUAAGAUUUGGCUUGAACCGUAGAAAAAAAAAAGUAUUUACGUUUCUCUCUUUUUUAAGUUGUAGUUGAUGAUGAUUUUGUGAUUGUGAUACGAGCACAUAUUUAUGGAAAAAUUUGUGUAAGUUGCACAAUAAUAACAAUCAGAUUUGAAGACU